CUUUUCCUUCAGGAAAGUGCUAAAAGAAUUAGACUAAUGAAUGCAUCGUCAAAUGAUAAUGAAUCUGCUUUCUAUGGAAUAAAUCAGUUUUCUCACCUGUUUCCUGAAGAGUUCAAAGCUAUUUACUUAAGAAGCAUACCUCACAAACUUCCCAGAUACAUAAAAGUGCCAAAGGGGAAGGAAAAACCUUUGCCAAAGAAGUUUGACUGGAGGGACAAGAAAGUCAUUGCAGAAGUGAGAAAUCAGCAAACAUGCGGAGGCUGCUGGGCUUUCAGUGUUGUGGGUGGUAUAGAGGCUGCCUAUGCAAUUAAAGGAAACAACCUUGAAGAACUCAGUGUACAGCAGGUUAUCGACUGCUCGUACAAUAAUUACGGCUGCAGCGGUGGAUCCACUGUUAGUGCUCUGAGCUGGCUGAACCAGACUAAAGUAAAGCUGGUGAGAGAUUCAGAAUACAGUUUUAAAGCUCAGACAGGAUUGUGCCAUUAUUUUCAUCGCUCGGAUUUUGGAGUUUCAAUAACAGGAUUUGCUGCGUAUGACUUCAGCGGCCAGGAGGAGGAGAUGCUGCGGCUGCUGCUGGAGAGGGGCCCCUUGGCGGUGACGGUGGAUGCAGUGAGCUGGCAGGAUUACCUUGGGGGAAUCAUUCAGUAUCACUGCUCCAGUGGGAAGGCAAAUCAUGCCGUGCUCAUCACUGGUUUUGACAGAACAGGUAGCAUCCCCUACUGGAUUGUGCAGAACUCGUGGGGGCGAGCAUGGGGAAUAGAUGGUUAUGUUCGAGUUAAGCUAGGCAACAACGUGUGUGGUAUAGCGGAUACAGUUUCAUCAGUGUUUGUUUGA